ACGAAAUGCCGGGGUAGAGGGGACCGGAAGUGGGUUCUUUGCCCCUCGUCCUGGGGCGGGAUCGGGUCUCUGCGGUUUUGGUUUGGCUUGCCCUACGGUCCGGCUUUCUCGCUAGACCCUAGGGCUUGGCCCUGCGGGGUGAGCUCUCCCAGGUAUCCGGCUUUCCCCAGUACCGACCUUUGGGAAACCAGCGCACUCUUCGGUCUCCUAGCAACUGGGGACCGAGCCUGACGGAGCGCGGCGCAGAUCAAGUUGUUCAAGCGCAAGCUUGAAACCCUGGGACCGGCCCAAACCGGAGCAGAAACCCGGAGCUUGGAAGAAUAAGCAGGAAAUGGCGGACGAGGCAUUGUUUUUGCUUCUGCAUAACGAGAUGGUGUCGGGAGUGUACAAAUCCGCGGAGCAGGGCGAGGUGGAAAAUGGACGUUGUAUUACUAAACUGGAAAACAUGGGGUUUCGAGUAGGACAAGGAUUGAUAGAAAGGUUUACAAAAGAUACUGCAAGGUUCAAGGAUGAGUUAGACAUCAUGAAGUUCAUUUGUAAAGAUUUUUGGACUACAGUAUUCAAGAAACAAAUCGACAAUCUAAGGACAAAUCAUCAGGGCAUCUAUGUACUUCAGGACAACAAAUUUCGUCUGCUUACUCAGAUGUCUGCAGGAAAACAGUACUUAGAGCAUGCAUCUAAGUAUCUAGCAUUUACCUGUGGCUUAAUCAGAGGUGGCUUAUCAAACUUGGGGAUAAAAAGUAUUGUAACAGCUGAAGUGUCUUCAAUGCCUGCCUCCUUUUGCUGACCAUGAAAUGACAAGAAUGAAGAUGAAAGCCAUCGCACUGAGGAGGAUGCAGAUAGAACGUACCUGAAUUGUUCUUUCUUAAUUCUGGAACUAUUUUACCUAUUAAUUUUUUAAUCAGGUGAGAUAUCAGAUUCCUUAUGACAUUCAAUCCACUUUUCGUUGUGUAUUUGAUUACUUAUAGCCCAAAAGAAACCUCUCAGUAGAAACAAGGAAGAGUUAGAUUAUUCAAGAAAUAGUAUAGGACAAAUAAGCUUUUUUGCCGGGGGUUAAGACUGACGUGUUGUUAAGACAGUAAAAUCCUACAGUGCUAAAGAAAAUAUGCAUUUACUCUUAUGAUCUUGUGGUGAAGGCCUUUCAAAAACACAAAUGUAGAAAAUCAUAAAGGAAAAUGGCAAACUAAAACUAACAUCUCUUCGACAAACAUUGGGAAAAUUGAAUGUCCACAUGCAAAAGAAUGAAAUUGGGUCAUUGUCUUAACAUUAUACAUAAAUAUCAAUUUAAAGUGGAUUGAGAACAUAUACAUAAAAUCUGAAAAUUUCUGGAAGAAAACAGGGGGAAAGCUAUAUAACAUUUGUUUUGGCAAUAAUUUAUUGCAUGUCACACCCUCAGCAAGAUAAAAGCAGGAUGACAAAUGGGAUUUUUGUCAAACUAAAAAGCUGUACAGCAAAGAAAGCAACAGAGUGAAAAGCAACUUAGGAAAAAAUGUAUUUGGAAAUCAUAAAUCUAAUAAGGGAUAACACGCAGAAUACAUUAGAAAUUCUUUUUUUUUUUUUUUAAGAGAGAGAGAAUUUUAAUAUUUAUUUUUUAGUAUUUGGCGGACACAACAUCUUUGUUUGUAUGUGGUGCUGAGGAUCCAACCCGGGCCCCACAUAUGCCAGGCGAGUGCGCUACCGCUUGAGCCACAUCCCCAGUCCAUUAGAAAUUCUUGUACCUCAGUAAUAGAAAACAACUGGAUUGAGAAAUAGGCAAAGAACUGAGAAAACAGUUGUUCAAAGAAGACAUACAAAUGACCAGCAGGUAUAUGCAUAAAAUGUUCAACAUAAUUAGUUUGGGAAAUGCAAAUCAAAACCAUAAUGAGAUACCACCUCAAGCUCUUAGAAUGGUGCACAUACACACACACACAGUGAGUUGCAGUGGGGUGCACCUGUAAUUCCAGAUACUUGAGAGGCUGUGGCAAUUAUCUUUUGUUUGAGCCCAGCCUGAGUGACAAGAGUCCUUUCUUUUAAAAAAAAAAAAAAGUGUAGAGAAAUUAGAACCCCUGUGCACUGUUAGUGACUGUAAAUUGGUACAGCAGCUAUGGAAAACAGCAUAAAGGCUCCUAAAUUUUUUUUUUGAAGCACAACUACCAUGUAACCCAGAAAUCCACUUGUAUGCAUGGUCUGUUUCAGUUUCUCUCUACCUACUGACAAAAAGGUAUUCGAUGUUGAUCCAAACACCAAAACUAUUUCCCCACCUUGAGCCAACACCCAUUUAACAACUCCUUUUUGCAGACAUGCUAGGUAGAACAUUUUACUGUCCCCUUUAGUAAUACAAAGCAGCCUCUUCUGUACAAAGUUUCCUUAGUAAAUGCAUUGGACUGACUGAUCACUCUGUUAAGAAUUGAAAUCACUCCCAUGUCACUGCAACAUAUUUUUUGUUUUGUUUUGGGUAUUGGGUAUUGAACCCGGGGUGCUUUGAGUCACAUCCCCAGCCCUUUUUUUAAUAAAACAUUUUAUUUAGAGACAGAGUCUUGCUGAGUUGCUCAGAGCCUCGCUAAAUUGCUGAGGCUGGUUUUGAACUCACCAUCCUCCUGUAUCAGCCUACCCAGCUGCUGGGAUUAUAGGCAUGUGCCACCAUGCCCACUUGCAACAUUAUUGUUAAUAGCCAAAAGGUGAAAACAAUCUAAGCAUCUAGGGAUGCAAGGAUAAAAAAAAAUAUGGCAUAUACAUACAGUGGAAUAUGAGCCUUAAAAAGGAAGAAAAUCUUGUCAUGCUUCAACAUGGAUGAUCCUUGAAUACAUCAUGUUAAAUGAAAUAAGCCAGUCACAGAAGGACAAAUACUACAUGAUUUUGCUUAUAUGUCUUAAGUAUUCAAUUCAUAGAAACAAGUGUAAUGAUGGUUGCCAGGACUGGGGUGAGGAAUAAACGGGAGUUGUUAGAGGUAGGUAUAGAGUUUUUGUCAUGCAGGUUAAAGAAAUUCAGAGAUUGGCUGUACAAUGUACAUAUAGUUAAUACUGUGUUGUACACCUAAAUGUGUUAGGACAGUGGAUUUCUUAGCUUUUUUACCACAUAGAAAAAAUAUGAAAGCAACAUGAGAAUGUUAAAAGGAAAAUAUUUAUAGUGUGUACCAUAGGUAUAAGUGAAUAUUCACAUUUAAAGAGCAUUUAUAAAUUUAAAACACAUCCUUUAACUCAGCAAUUCCAUUUCUACAUUUUUUAAAAAAUUGAGCCCAACUUUGGGGGAAUUCUGGUCAAAGGAAAAGAAGGUUGAAAGGGAAAAAAAACUAUAUAUGAAAAUAUUAAUACUGAAAACAAAUUUUAUAUCAGGUAAUGAGAACAUUUAAGUACUUAUGGUGAAUAAGUACUUGGACUAUUAGGCUGCCAUUUAAAAAUGAGCUUUAUAGCUGGGUGCUGCGGCUCACACCUGUCAUCCCACAUACUCAGGAGGCUGAGGCUGAGGCAAAGGAUCACAAAUCCUGAACAAUUAAUUUAGCAAGACCUCGUCUCAAAAUAAUAGUUUAAAAAAAAAAAAGGCUGAGGAUGUGCCAGGCCCUGGGUUCAAUCCCCAGUACUCUUCCUGCCUGUACCCUCCUCCCCCAAAUAACUGACGACUAACAAAAUAUAGACAAAAUUUCAUCUACUUUUAUUAAAACUAGAGGCACAGCUGUUGGUUGCCUGAUCAGUGUUUAUUACCUUUUCCACUUCCUUUUAGACUGAAAAGGCUUCCAACCUCAUUUCCUCAUCUUCAGGUGAUCAUGUUAGACAUUUGUGACCAAUAGGGGAACACAGAUCUGAUGGGAAUUCUGGAAAGGUUUUUCUUUUGGUACUGGGGAUUGAGCCCAACGGUGCUUUAUCAUUGACCUAACAUUCCCAGCCCUUUUAAAUUUUUUUUGUUGAGACAGAUUCUUCCUAAAUUUGCAAAGGCUGACUGGCCUCAAACUUGGGUUCCUCCUGCCUCAGUGUCCUGAGUUGCUAGGCCCAGGCCUUUUUGUUUUGAGAAAGGGAGGGUCUCACUAAGUUGCUGAGGCUGUGAUCUUCCUGCGUCAGGAACCAUGACAAAUUGCUGCAACUAUAAGUGUGUACCACUAGCCUUUUCUGUCUUGAAUAGACACAUUGUCUUCAACUGUAGCAGCAAUCUUGUUGCCAUGAAGGGAAGGCUAAAGAAAUCUGAGACUUUGAUAUUGUUGAGUCACUGAACCAAGGCCAGUGGCCCGUUCCUCUAUUUUCUUGUUCUGUGAGAAAAAUAAAUCCUAUUUGUAUAAUCAUUGCCACUUAAACCUUCUGUUACUCAAGUAGAAAGCAUUCCUAUUUGAUGCAGAAAAAGAUAAAUUCAUACAAACAAAAGACUUGUCAGAAAAAUUAAAACACUCUACCUCUUAGUAGGGUAUUUUUGAAAAUGAUUUGUUAGAAAAAGUUGUUUAUGCAAUAAAGCACUUAAUAAACUUAUUGAGCUUAAAGAGAAAACAUUUGAUUAAUUCUGUUGCUGACUCACAUUUGCCAUUUAAUCUAGAUUAUUUUCUAAUUCUAAGGACAUUAUCUUGUUUUGUUCAAAAGUAAAACAAAGUUUUGGUAACCAAAACACAUUUUCAACAAAAUUUAUAUGAAGACAUGUAACAAUGAAAUAGCACCGGGGACCUUUAUAAAAUUUCAUCACACAGUUUCUAUACAGGCAUCUUCACCAAUAACUGGCACUCAGUUUAUUUUAAAUCAUGUGACUGCAGAAAACUAUUCAAAUUGUUCAUCAAACACCAAAUGGGAUUUUCCAAAGAUAUUUCAGAAAAUCAAUUCAGUCUAUAUUCUGUUUAUCAAUUUGAGUUGCACAGGUUAAAAUGAAGACCUUUCACACAGUUUUGAAGAAGUGAUAACAGCCUGUACUUGAAUUGGCAUUGCACUUCAUCAGACUUAGGCUGCCUUCAGCAGAAAUAGCUUCUAUCCCUCAGAAAUCAGCUACAUCAAGAUGGCUCAUCAGCUAAAUCACGUUGGUCAAAAUACCUGAAAAAUAAUGUAAUGUAUGCACAAGUAUAUUAAUUAUAGCACUACCUGUAGUAGCAAAAGACCAUGAACAAUCCAAAUGUUAAUUGAUAAAGGGAAAUAAUAAACUACAGUACAUAUACAUGACUGAAAACUGCAUAAAAGGAACUAGAAAAAUAGCUACACUGCUACAGAGUGAUUUCUAGGAUUAAGUGAAAAAAACAUGGUACAGAAUAGAUUGUUCAGUAUACUAUAGUCUUGUAGGCACAUAAGUUUACUUAUAUUUAUUUAUACUUUUAGAGAAAAUGAAAGGAUAAACGAAAAGUUAAUAAAAUUAUUAUUUAUAGGAGAAAGGAGAACCAGGAUAAAAGUAGAUGCUAAAGUACUCCAAAUGUAUCUUGAAUUCUGGAAUGUUGUAAAUAUUUUAUGUGAUUAAAAACAGGUGCAGCUGGGCCAGUGGUGCAUCCUUGUAAUCCCAGUGGCUCUCGAAGCUGAGACAGGAGGAUUGGGAAUUCAAAGCUAACCUUAGCGAUGGUGGGGCACUAAGCAACUCAGUGAAGCAGGAGUAUUGCAACUUAGUAUCAGCAUCUUAGUGAGACCCUGUCUCAAAGUUAUAAAAGGGAAUGAGACUUCUUAUCUGAAAUUGUGAAGAAGAAGAAAAUUCAUGGUAGUUUUGGUGUGGUACCUCAAACUGGAAACGUUAAAGCAACAGUACAUAGUAAGGGUUUAGUUAAGAUGGAAAAGGUCUUAAAUCACAGGGUUUGGUACUAUGUAUGAUUUUAGGAAUUCACUGUGGGUCUUAGAAUUGGAUGGACUACUAAAUAACAUUAAAGGAAAAAUCAAAAACUCCUAAAUUAGGACUGAAAUAUCAAUUUGAACUCAUGAUUUUAUUUUUCUAAGAAAGUGCAUUAUUUCCUAGCUCUGUUGACUGAAAAGGCCUAAAAACAAUAACCAACUUAAUAACCAGUCUGUAGCUUCCAAAUUGUGGUUUCUAAAUACCAUUUCCUAUUUUUUGAUAAAGGAACCAACACUCCCCAGAUAAAAAGACUGAUUUUGGUUCUGGAGCCAGAAAUAUUCAAGAUAUUCAAAUCAUCGUGGCAUACCAGAAAGGAAGGGCUAUGUCAAAAGGAAUUGGGGGCUGGGGCAGUGAUACCCAACUAUAAUUCCAGCAGCUCAGGAGUCUGAAGCAGGAUGAUUACAAGUUUGAGGGUAGCCUCAGCAAUUUAGGCCCCAAGCAACUUGGUGAGACCUUUGUCUUAAAAAGGGGAUAUAGCUCAGUGGUAAAGUGCCUCUGGGUUCAGUCCUUGGCAUCUCCCCGACACACACACAUAAAAAAAACAGAAUUGAGGGGCUAGGGAUAUAGGUCAGUGGCAGAGCACUGGCCUAGCACAGCAAGGCCCUGGGUUCAAUCCCUAGCACUUGUUUGUUGGGGGGUGGGAAAUAGGAACUGACUUUAUGACUUCAAGUGCUCCCACUGGUCAAAGAUGGAACAGUUUGAGCAUAAAAAACAAUUAUUACAAUGAAUUGAAAUACAGCAUAUGGUAAAGUUCCUAAAUUCAAAAACAACCUUUUUGGUGGAAAUUGCUAGGUUACCUCUCUUUAUUUCUUUUUGUUGUUGUUGUUAUUAGAAAUCAUAGGGCUGGGGAUGUGGCUCAAGCAGUAGCGCGCUCGCCUGGCAUGCGUGCGGCCCGGGUUCGGUCCUCAGCACCACAUACAAACAAAGAUGUUGUGUCCGCCAAAAACUAAGAAAUAAAUAUUAAAAUUCUCUCUCUCAAAAAAAAAAAAAAAAAAAUUAAAAAAAAAAAAAAGAAAUCAUACUCCAGGAUAACCAAAUUGUGAAGUCUUUUUUUUAACAGAAAAAAAGUUCUAACGAAUACAUGAAUAGGGAUUUUUUUUUUUUUGUACUGGGAAUUGAAUACAGGGAUGCUCUACUACUGGCCAACAUCUCCAGCCCUUUUAAUUUUAUAUUUUGAGACAGGAUCUUUCUAACUUUCCCAGGCUGGUCUCAAACUUGCUAUAUCCCCCUAACCCCACAGUCCAGUCUCCCAGGGAUUACAGGCAUACAACACCAUGCCUAGAAGAAACUAAAUGUUGAAUAUGUAUUUAUUGAGAAUUAGAAUUUGAGAAAAAAGUUUCCCAAUAAAUUUCAGGUGGAACUUUAAUAUAGAAAUAUAUAGCAAAUAAAAAAUGCCUCAAUCUAAAAGUGAAUAGGAUCUAGGCAAAUAAAAACUACAAAUGUAGGGACUGGAGAUGUAGCUCAGUUAGUAGAGUGCUUGCCUGCAUGCAAGCACAAGGCCCUGUCAAUUCCCAGCAAAACACACACACACAAACACACACACGCGCGCACGUAACAAAAUUAAUAAACUUUUGUUUAUUUGAACAAAUAAACAAAAGUCAAGAAUUACUUCACUAUACCUGCUAACCAAGCAGAUUAAUAAAUUCAAGGCAGGAACUCUUUCGUCAUCUUUACUGUCCUAAAAUAAAGAAAGCAAAUAUUAAAAUAUAGUCUAUUUCUUUAAUAUUUUUGAAAUUUCUGUUUAAGAUGCAAAGCAUGAAAAUAACUUUUUUUUCCUUUCUUUUGGGUACUGGGGAUUGAACUCAGACACUCAACCACUGAGCCACUUCCCCAGCCUUAUUUUGUAUAAAUUUUAAUUUAGAGAUAGGGUCUCACUGAGUUGCUUAGCGCCUCGCUGUUACUGAGGCUGGCUUCGAACUUAGGAUCCUUUUACCUCAGCCUCCCAAGCCACUGAGAUUACAGGCGUGCACAUCCAUGCCUGGCCCUAAUUUUCACUUUAGAAAUACUUAAAGUCAUAUUUUAAUAUAAGAUUGCUUGUUCAGAGGAUUAAUACUGUCCUGUAGGAGUUCCAGUUCUCAUGGAACUAGAUUAAUCCUGUGACAGGGUGCUAUUAUAAAGUGAGUUUGGCACUUCCCCUCUUAAACUUGUGCCACUUGCUACUCUCACACAUACUCCUAUGUGAUGACAUCUGCCAUGGUGUGAUGUAGCCAAAUGCCAACACCUAAUCUUAGACUUUCAGCCUCUAAAUCUGUGAGCUAAAUAAGUCUCAUUUCUUUAUUAAAGUACUCGACCUCAGGUAUUUUGUUACAGCAAUACAAAAUGGACUAAGACAAAGAUGAAAGCCACAAGUGGCAAAACUCAAAGGCCUGAGUUAUUGUCAUCUUGGAUAUUAUUCAUCUACCUUCAGGCUUCCUUUUUCUGGGAAAAACAUCUUUACUUUAUUUAAGCUAUUAUUAUUUGGAACUUUUUGUUCUCUGGGUUAAUCUCAUUCCAACUAAUAAAAUAUUCCACAUUUUUCCUAUUUAUUGGAAACCUCCUUUAUUGCCUCCUUUAUAUAUUGAUAAAUUAUAAAUUGAAACCUCCUUUAUAAAUUGAUACUUUCAAUAUGAAAUAACAAGUUAUGACUUACCACUAAGAGUCUCACUUCAGAGCACCUUCUUGCAAGCUGCCGAAUCAGUGAAUGAGCCUCAGGUAAUAAAGGUUUUUCAAGGCAAGCCAACAAGGCAUAAAGCCAUCUUCCCUAAAGAGAAUUUUUAAAAGUACUAAAUUGUUACUUUUUUUUUUUGUACCACGGAUUUAACCCAGGGGUGCUUAACCCCUGAGCCAUAUCCCUAGUCCCUUUUAUUUUUUAUUUUGAGACAGGGUCUGGCUAAGUUACUGAGGGUGGCUUUGAACUUGUAAUCCUCCUCAGCCUCCUGAGCUACGGGAUUACAGGAGUGUGCCACCAUGCCUGGUAAACCAGACAAAUAUUUAACCAUAAAUAUAAUUUAUUUUUCUAAGUGUCCAAUAUUGUGCCUGGCUAUUUGCUAUAAAUAAUUCAUAGAACAUUUAACAGUAUUAUGUUUGGAUAUAGACAAAGGAUCAUCUGGAGAGCUAGGUGAUGACUCUUAUAGACACAUGACACUGGUCACUUUAAAAUAUUCCCUGAUGCUCAAAGUCUUCAUUUCAUUAAUUCUUACCACAGAAGAAAACUAAAAUACUAUGUAUAUAAAUCCUUGAAAAAAUUAAGAUCCACUUUUCUUUGUCUACUAUAGACAUAUAUACAAAUCAUUAUAUGCUUUCCCCUAGAUCCAUAUGAAAGAACAAUUCUGAAGACAAAGUAGUGUUUUGGUACUUCUACAAACAUAAGCUGAAUUUAGUCCCAAUCCUUUUUAAAAUAGGCUUUUUUUUUUCCAAUUACAAAAUUAUAAUCAAUUAUUAGAAACAACAACAACAACAACAACAAAAAAAACAGCAUUCUUGUUAUCUGGGUAAACUUUCUACUAAUUUUUAAAACAUCUUUUAUCUUAUGUAUAUGUACAACUUUUUUCAAUAAAGUUCCAUCAUUAUCAUUUUGUAGUUG